AUGCCCGUUGCCCUUGGUGGUCCAGUGGGCUACACUCCGCCCGAGGGAGGCUGGGGAUGGAUGGUGGUGAUCGGUGCCUUCAUCUCCAUUGGCUUCUCCUAUGCAUUUCCAAAGUCCAUCACUGUGUUCUUCAAAGAGAUUGAAGUCAUUUUCAAUGUGACUAGCAGUCAGGUGUCAUGGAUUUCCUCAAUCAUGCUCGCUGUCAUGUAUGGUGGAGGUCCAAUUAGCAGUAUUCUGGUAAAUAAAUAUGGGAGUCGUCCUGUCAUGAUGGCCGGGGGAUGCCUGUCUGGAAUUGGCCUCAUAGCUGCUUCCUUCUGUAAUUCUGUGGAAGCUUUGUACUUCUGUAUUGGUGUUGUGGGAGGCUUGGGCCUUGCUUUCAAUCUCAACCCUGCUCUCACGAUGAUUGGAAAGUACUUCUACAAAAGACGACCUAUCGCUAAUGGACUUGCCAUGGCUGGUAGCCCGGUUUUCCUCUCCACUCUGGCCCCUAUAAACACGUGGUUCUAUGACCAGUUUGGGUGGAGAGGAAGCUUCUUGAUUCUGGGUGGUCUUCUCCUAAACUGCUGCGUGGCUGGUGCCCUCAUGCGCCCCAUUGGACCCAAACCCAAACCACCAGAGAAGACCAGUGAAAGACGCACCAUGUCUCAGAGAAUUAACAGCUUCAUCGACUUGUCCUUGUUCAAACACAGGGGUUUCCUUCUCUACAUCAUGGGCAAUGUCAUCAUGUUCUUCGGCCUCUUCACUCCCCUUGUGUUCCUCAGUAAUUACGCUAAGAGCAUCCACAUACCUAAAGAGAAAGCUGCCUUCUUACUGUCCACGUUGGCUUUUGUGGACAUGGUGGCCAGGCCCUCAAUGGGACUGGUAGCUAACACGAAAUGGAUCCGUCCCAGAGUACAGUACUUCUUCGCCGCCUCUGUGCUGUACAAUGGAGUGUGUCAUCUGUGUGCUCCCAUUUCCACAGACUACAAAGGCUUCGUUAUCUAUUCCAUGUUCUUCGGCUUUGCUUUCGGGUGGCUGAGUGCUGUACUGUUUGAGACGCUCAUGGACCUGGUGGGACCACAGCGUUUCUCCAGUGCUGUCGGGCUGGUCACCAUUAUUGAGUGUGGUCCUGUGCUGCUAGGACCCCCUCUGCUUGGGAAGUUCAAAGACAUCUACGAUGACUACAGGUAUACCUACCAGGCCUGUGGAAUCCUCCUGGUUGUAUCCAGUGUACUCCUCUUUUUUGGAAUGGGUCUUAACUAUCGCCUCCUGGACAAAGAGAAAAAAGAGGAAGAGCGGCUGGCCAGAGUUGGGGGCAGUAGGAAAUCAAAGACUGAGGAGAUAGAAACUAGGAAUAUAGAAGCAGCUACCUAA